CCACCACGACCAAGCAACCCUGCAUCUGCGACACCAGCCUUGCAUCGCAGCGCAGCGCAUCUCGACCACCCGCAAACACAGCCUGACCCGCAUCGCCGCCGCAUGCUUCGCAGCCGACCGCUCAUGUCCGCCGCACAAUUGUCCUCGACCUGGGGCCCGUACCCCCCGCCCAGCGCCGCGCGGCUCGAGGAUGUGACGCAGCGCCUCGCUGCCGUGACGCGCCGCAUCAGCGAGCAGCCGUCGCCGCACCCGCGCCUCGUGGCGGUGAGCAAGCUGCAGGAGCCGAGCGCUGUGCUGGCGGCGCACCGCGGCCCGGCGGGCCACUCGCACUUUGGCGAGAACUAUGCGCAGGAGCUGCGCGACAAGUCGCGCGUGCUGCCGCGCUCGAUUCAGUGGCACUACGUGGGGCAGAUGCAGACGAGCAAGGCGAAGAUGCUGGCAGCCAUACCCAACCUCUACCUCGUCGAGACGCUCGACUCGGAGAAGGCAGCCGACGCACUCGACAAGGCGCUCGCGAACCGCGACGCCUCUGCGCCGCUGCGUGUCUAUCUGCAGGUCAACACCUCGGGCGAGGAGUCCAAGGCCGGCCUCCCGCCACUCCACGAGGCCAACGACGGGCCGCUGCUCGAGCUGGCGCAGCACGUCAUCCAGUCAUGUCCGCACCUACUGCUCCAGGGCCUCAUGACGAUUGGCUCGCGUGCCGCCUCGUCUGGCGCCUCCAACCCGGACUUUGACUGCCUCGUGGCCUCGCGCCGGGCACUGGCGCUGCUGCAGCAGGGCAACGACGACGGCGGGCUGGAGCUGAGCAUGGGCAUGAGUGCGGACCUCGAGGCUGCCAUCCGCGCCGGCUCGAGCAACGUGCGCGUCGGCACCGACUGCUUCGGCGAGCGC